GUCGAUUUUGAUCGGUUCUUCAUUUCUUCAAGACCCCCGCCGAACUAUCAAAUCAGAAUUCGCCACGUGAAUUUUAAUAUUCCUCUGCAACUCCUAUAUAUAUUUUUGUUCCUCCAAAACUUACCAACCAGAAACCACUAACACAGUCUCUCUCUCUUUCUCCACCUUACUGUAGCGUUAACAUGGGCUUCCUCUUGCUCUUAUCGUCUCUCACUCCUAGAUCCCUAACCCAAUUCUUCUUCUCUUUCCUUGCUCUUCUAUGGUUGAUUCAUCAGCUCAGUUACUGGAUUAAGAAACGCCACGUUCCAGGGCCCGUCUUUGUGUUGCCUUUCAUUGGCAACGCCAUCCCAUUGGUCCGAAACCCCAGGAAAUUCUGGGAAGAACAAGCUGUUAUUGCUAAGCCUCUUGGGUUCUCUGCCAAUUAUCUUAUUGGGAACUUCAUGCUCUUCAUUCGUAAUGCUGAACUUUCCCAUCGUAUUUUUUCAAAUGUUCGUCCUGACGCCUUCAUGUUGGUGGGUCAUCCGUUUGGGAAGAAGCUUUUCGGUGAACAUAAUCUGAUCUACAUGUUUGGACAAGAUCAUAAAGAUCUCCGUGGUCGUAUUGCUCCGAAUUUCACCGUUAAAGCUCUCUCUACCUACACGUCGUUGCAGCAGAUUAUUAUUCUUAAACACUUGAAAAAAUGGGUUAAAUUAUCGAACUCGGAUGUGUCCCAGACGAAGCAGCUCAUCGUCACUCUUCGUCUUCUUGUUCGUGAUAUGAAUCUCGAAACGUCUCAAACGGUUAUCGUUGGACCUUAUUUGAAUGAGGAAGCCAGGCGCAAAUUCAACUACGAUUAUAAUCUUUUCAACGUCGGGACGAUGAAAUUCCCGGUGGAUCUUCCGGGUUUCGCAUUUCGAAACGCUAGGCUGGCGGUUCAGCGUUUAGUGGACACUUUGACUGUGUGUACUCGACAGAGCAAAGCGAGAAUGGCUAAAGGGGAAGAGCCUUCGUGUUUGAUUGAUUUUUGGAUGCAAGAACACAUCAAAGAGCUGGCCGCCGCAAAGGAAUCGGGUAAACCUCCGCCACCGCACUCCGGAGACCAUGAAAUCGCCGGCCACCUCUUCGACUUCCUCUUCGCAGCUCAAGACGCGUCGACUUCGUCACUCUUGUGGGCCGUUUCACUCCUUGACUCGCACCCCGAAAUCCUGAGCAAAGUUCGUAGCGAAGUUCUUAACUUUUGGUCGCCUGAAUCAGACGAAAUGAUAACGGCCGAUCAGGUGAGGGAGAUGAAGUACACGCAGGCCGUGGCGCGUGAGGUUUUAAGAUAUAGACCACCGGCCACAUUGGUUCCACACAUUGCGAUCAAAGACUUUCCGUUGACCGACUCGUACACCAUCCCGAAGGGCACAAUUGUUUUCCCUUCUGUAUACGAGUCUUCCUUUCAGGGAUUCACCGAACCGGACCGGUUCGACCCUGACCGGUUCAGUGAGGAGAGACGGGAGGACCAGCUGUACAAGAGGAACUUUUUGGUGUUCGGAGCUGGGGCCCACCAGUGUGUGGGCCAGAGGUAUGCAUUGAAUCAUUUAGUGCUCUUCAUCGCGAUGUUUGCCACGUUGAUCGAUUUUACCAGACACAGAACGGACGGCUGUGAUGAGAUCGUGUACAAUCCGACAAUCAUUCCCAAGGACGGGUGUAAGGUCUAUAUCUCUAGACGCUGCUCACGGUAUCCUAAUCUCUCAUUCGAAUGACGAAAACACCCUUGAAAUAAUUAUUUUCGUUGGAAUGGUGGUUACGGAAUUUGGCAUUCUCUUUCGCACGGUGAACGAGGGUGGAUUGGUCAAAGAGCCUUUUUUUUGGUUAAUUUAUCUAUAAUUUUUUCUGUGGGUGUGCAUAGAUUUUGAUGGACGGUUCAAAUAAUUUGGAAAAAAAAAAAGAAAACUUGGUUUGUUAUUAAUAAAUUUGUAACUUUCUUUGUUCA